UCCCCAGACCGGCCCGUUUCACCACAGUGAGCUUUGUCCCCGACACCUUGCCAUUAGCCAAACAAAAGCUUUUCUAUUAGCUAAACCAAAGCAAAGCUUUCUACUUAGAGGAGCAAAAACAACAUCAUUAUCAGAGGAGUUGCGUAAUUCUUGCCCUCUACUCCAGUGCUGGUCAAGUGUAAGAGAGAACUGAUGCCCCCGAACCCACUGGACUGGGGUGAACGGAGGAAGCAGCACCCAGAGAAGAGCCGGGAUGGAACUCCUUCCUAGCUUCUCCGUGGGGACCUGGUCACUUCUCGUGGCCCUUCUGGGACUUGUCAUAUUGUAUGGAAUUUGGCCAUUCAGGCUUUUCAGGAAUCUGGGCAUUCCAGGCCCAACGCCACUGCCUUUCCUUGGAAACCUCUGGGAAUACCGCAACGGUAUCAUCACGUUUGAUAGAAAGUGCUUCGACAAAUAUGGGAAAGUCUGGGGGAUUUACAAUGGCCGGCAGCCCCUGCUGGCUGUCCUGGACCCCACCAUAAUCAAAACUGUCCUGGUGAAGGAGUGCUACACCGUGUUCACCAACCGGCAGAAAUUGUUCACUAAAGGAAUAUUGAAGUCCAUACUCUCCAGAGCAAUGGAUGAACAAUGGAGGAGGAUCCGCACUUUGCUGUCUCCCGUCUUCACCAGUGGGAAGCUAAAGGAGAUGUUUCCGAUCAUAAAACAUUAUGGAGAGACUCUGAUGAAAAAUGUUCAGAAGAAAGUGGAAAUGGGAGAACCUGUGGAUGUGAAAGGCAUCUUCGGCCCAUACAGCAUGGAUGUCAUCACCAGUACCUCUUUUGGUGUGAACACAGACUCCAUGAACAACCCCAACGACCCUUUCUUCAAGACCUUCAGGAAUCUAAUCCAGGCUAAACCUUUUACUCCACGCAUCGUUCUGACGUCUGUAUUCCCAUUCCUCAUUCCACUGUUCCAGGCAUUAGGUGUGGAUGGCAUCUCCCAGCAAGGUUUAGACUUCUUUGCAAGAACCUUUGCAAAAAUAAAGGAAGCACGGCUGAAGGAAGGCCUCGGGAGCCGAGUGGAUUUCUUGCAGCUGAUGCUAGAUUCCCAAGACUCUGGCAGUGCCCAGAUAAGUAAUGGGAUGGAUCACUCAUAUAAAGGCUUAACUGAUGAAGAAAUCGUGGCCCAGGCCUUCGUUUUCGUUUUUGCUGGAUACGAGACGACCAGCAAUGUGCUGGGCUCCAUGGCUUAUGUUUUAGCCACACAUCUGGAAGUCCAGCAGAAGCUUCAGGAUGAGAUCGAUUCGGCCCUCCCCAGCCAGACUCCCCCCACGUACGACGCCGUCAUGCAGUUGGAGUACCUGGGCAUGGUCCUGAGUGAAACACUGAGAAUGUAUCCUGUUUUACCACGGCUUACAAGGGAUUGCAAGAGAAGCGUGCAAGUGAACGGGGUGACUAUUCCAAAGGGAACAUUGGUGACGAUCCCAGUCUACAUCCUGCAUUUGAACCCGGAAUACUGGCCAGAGCCCAAGGAGUUCAGACCUGAGAGGUUCAGCAAGGAGAACAGAGAAAACAGGGAUCCAUACAUAUACCUGCCCUUUGGCGCUGGUCCCCGGAACUGCAUCGGGAUGAGGUUCGCUCUCGUCACCAUCAAGGUUGCGAUCACACUCCUUUUGCAGCGUUUCUCAUUCCGAGUCUGCAAAGAAACUCAGAUUCCCCUCAGGAUGGGCCCUCUAUUGCUUCUGACACCAGAGAAGCCGAUCAUGGUGAAGUUGGUACCACGAAAUGGUCCCCAAGAAAGCCAGGAAUGAAGCCGGGCGUGUCCGUGGUGCAGCGGAUGCAGAAUCCCCGGGCGCUGCUCCUGCUGAUGCUCAAAUCGAACAAUUCAUUCUGAUGACAGUUGCCAAGUAAUUUCACUGAAAUUGACGCAUUAACCAAGCUGUUGUUUUGCUUCUUUUACGGCUGAUAUUUUUGUUGUUAUGUGCUGUCCAGUCAUCUCUGACUUAUGGCAACCCUCUGAGCGGAAGCUCUCCAAAAUGUCCUACUCAUGAAAACCCUGUUCAGCUCGUGUAAAUGCAGGGCUGUGGCUUCCUGGAUGGAGCCCACCCAUCUCGUUUGGGCCUUCCUUUUCUUCUUCGGCCUUCGACUUUCCCUAACCUGAUUGUUUUCUUCAAGGCGUUUUGCCUUCUCGUGUUGUGCCCAAAGUAUGAUGGCCACAACUUUUCAGUUAUAGAUAGGGGGAAAAGUGGGUGGGUGGGGGGACGCAAUCCUUACGUUUCUGGCUUGCAAGUCAUUUGAACCUUCUGGAGCUAUGCAGCUGAUCGACAGAUAAUGGGGACAUUUCCAGUAAGGGUGGGAAACCUCAGCCAUGCACUCAUGUAAGAGCAUAUGAGAAUCCAUGUAGAUCAGAUCAAAGGACUUUCUAGGCCAGCACUCGGUGCAGAUGGUGGCCACCAGCUGUCCACCAGACCCCUCAAGGCCCCAGUCUAACCCCAGUUACAGAUUCCUUUCCUGAGGCUCCGACCGCUUAUCCUCUGACCUCCGCUAAUCCAGUGAUUCCCUGGCUUUGGUGCAGUUUCUUCCCAAUAGGAAAGGUAAGAAAGGUUCUUAGUUACCUGGCGUUAAAACAUCAAAACAAAACAUGCUGAUAGUUUGGGUUCCACUGCUGUACUUCUGUCCCCCAACCCAGGAAUGCAGACGGCAAGAGCUUCUCUGAAGUAGAAUUCAACUCUCAAGCUGAAAGGCAUUCAGGAUCCCCAGUGGGGAUGUUGAUCAGUCUUAGAGCAGUUUGGGGUCAUGGCUCUUUCUUCAUGGCUGGAAUUCUGGGAAUUGUAGUUGGGGGAGGAUGCCAAGAAUGCAGUGUUGAGAAAUCCAGAACCUCAUGCAGAACACACACACACACACACACACACACACACACACACGGGUGGGGGGGGAGAGAGAGAGGGAGGGGGAGAGAGAGAGAGAGAGAGAGAGUUUCUAGGGUAGACAGAAAAGGCAUCUUCCUGAUUUUGAUUUAGCGGCUUUCUUCCCUGGAGCAGAACAUUUGCUUCAUGGGUGUAUGGAUUUGCAAAGAUUAUUCUCCAUCAUUUACAGAAAUUACAGAACUGGGCAAUAUAUUUUUGCAUGACUAUCUGGAAGAAUUUGAUAAUGAUUUACUUUACCUUUUUAUGAACCACCCUGGUGGAAAAAUACUUUUAAAGCAAGGUGAAAAAUGGUAUAAAAUAAGUAAAAUAGCUGCGCAUCCAUUUCACUAACUAUUUGUUAGUCAUCACCAGCGAUGAAUAUAAGGUGUGGUUGUGCCUCGGCACAACUGAGAGCUACUGUGUUGUCUGAACUCAGCCUUGGUCUUGUGAUCCACUUUCACUUUUAAGCUACUCUGGAAGAAUUUCCAUCUUGGAAGCUGGAUAUAAGUUAGUCCAGGGAUAGGUAACAUGUCUGAGUGAUGUUGCACUACAUUCCCCAUCAUGCCUCACUAUUGAGUGCUGGGACCAAUGGGAUCUGUAGUCAAUCUGGGGGGCCAGGCCUCACCUGUCCCUGAAGUAGCAUAUUAAAUAGAAUAAUAACCCAUCUUUUUCUUC